AGCUCACCUUACCACGACCUUACCUCCAUGUCUUAGUCGUUUUUUCGGACGGAUCCGCCACGGAUCGAUCAACGCCAUGGGCCUCCUGCGGCUCUGGGCGUUGAGCGCCACGGCCGCCCUCGCUUCGGCCGCGGAGCACUGCGAGCGCCCGGCUCCGGCGCUGGGCGGCGCGUUGCUUCAGCUGCCACGGAAUGGCAACCAGACCAUCAUGAGCGACGUCUAUGCGCUGAAGGAGCCUACGCCGCGCGCUUCGACGGCAAAAGCUCGCCUGCUGCCUCCCUGGCAGAUGGGGGUCUUGCUGAUUGUGCUGGCGGUGUCGGUGGCUCUGAGCAACUUCUCACAGGCGGAGGUGGUGAGUUCCAUCUCCUCGUGGAUCUCUGGGAGCGUCUGCACCAACCUGCUGAACAAGGAGGCUGCAAGCUCCUUCCAAGCCAUGUGCUUGCUGGUGAUCAUCCAGAUGUUCAUCGCCAACGUCGUAGUGAUUUUGGUGCGCUUCGAGGACGUGCGCCUGCCCUGUUUGCGCGACUUCCUGCGGUGGCUGCCGGUGUCCUUCCUGGUCUCCGGCAUGCUGGGCACCUCUAUCUUCGCCCUGGAAGGCACCACGGUCAGCACGGUGAACAUCAUCCGCAACGUGCUGCCUCUUAUCACCUUCGUCCUGGAGAAGAUCAUGUUCAACAGUCCGCCGCUGGUGCGGCCCGGGCACGUGCUGUCCAUGUUCCUGACUUUGUUCGGCACCACGCUGUAUGGGAUGUCGAACUUCUCGGUCACGCGAUAUAGCCUCGUCAUGAUCCUCCUGGGUUGCAUCCUCACGGUGGCGGACAAGCUCCUUCAGCGGCAUUUGCUGUGGAGCGGCUCGGGGUUCCAGCAGCCGCUGGCCGUGUGCAUGAUCAUGAACAACACCUUUGGCAUGCUGCCCCUGCUGCUGGUGGCAUCUUUGACCGGGGAGACGGCCAGCUGGCCCCAGAUCCUGCGCAGCACGCCCUGGUCCCCGGGCUGGGUGACGCUGGUGGGCUCCGGGCUCUCCGGCUGCUGCCUCGGCUUCUACGGGCUCCGCGUCUCGCGCCUCGUCUCCGCCGCCUCGGUGCUGAUGCUGCAGAACGUCUCCAAGGUGCUGGUGAUUUUGCUCUCCGUGCUGCUGCUGGGGGACGACAUCUCGGGCCUCUCCGCGCUGGGCUGCGCCUUGUCCGUCGUGGGCUCCGCCUGGUACGGCUACGUCUGCCUCUGGGCGCGGGAGGAAGCGGCGAAGGCCGAGACCGAGAAGAAUCGCGGCCAGAGCUGAAGGCCAAAGGCCUCGGUAGGAAAUUUUCACAGAGCGAAUCGCCGCUUCGGAUUUUCCAGCAUCUCAACCGAAGCUCGCAAGCGGCGUUCGCACACGCACGCGCGAGCGACA